GGCUCAGCGGGUAGAAAUGAGACGGUGGGAUGCUUAGCAGAGGAGGUUACACACCGGAGGGAACUAGGGAGCCCAGCCGCGGCGCCUGAGCCUCGGGGCGGCAGGAGCCUUCAGCUGGGGUAUGGAGGUCGCCCGGGAAGAAGGACGGUUCAGUUGCUAGGCAACCCGGCCUGGACCCGCCUCUCGCUGGCGUUGCUGGGAGACGACGAGGCCGGGGGAGGGCGGCGAGAGGGCCCUACGUGCUGACGCUAAUUGUAUAUGAGCGCAAGCGGCGGGCUCUUGGGUCUUUUUUAGCGCCAUCUGCUCGCGGCGCCGCCUCCUGCUCCUCCCGCCGCCUCCUGCUCCUCCCGCCGCCGCUGCUGCCCUGAGUCACUGCCUGCGCAGCUCCGGCCGCCUGGCUCCCCAUACUAGCCGCCGAUAUUUGGAGUUCUUACAACAUGGCAGACAUUGACAACAAAGAACAGUCUGAACUUGAUCAAGAUUUGGAUGAUGUUGAAGAAGUAGAAGAAGAAGAAACUGGUGAAGAGACAAAAAUCAAAGCACGUCAGCUAACUGUUCAGAUGAUGCAAAAUCCUCAGAUUCUUGCAGCCCUUCAAGAAAGACUUGAUGGUCUGGUAGAAACACCAACAGGAUACAUUGAAAGCCUGCCUAGGGUAGUUAAAAGACGAGUGAAUGCUCUCAAAAACCUGCAAGUUAAAUGUGCACAGAUAGAAGCCAAAUUCUAUGAGGAAGUUCACGAUCUUGAAAGGAAGUAUGCUGUUCUCUAUCAGCCUCUAUUUGAUAAGCGAUUUGAGAUUAUUAAUGCAAUUUAUGAACCUACGGAAGAAGAAUGUGAAUGGAAACCAGAUGAAGAAGAUGAGAUUUCGGAGGAAUUGAAAGAAAAGGCCAAGAUUGAAGAUGAGAAAAAGGAUGAAGAAAAAGAAGACCCCAAAGGAAUUCCUGAAUUUUGGUUAACUGUUUUUAAGAAUGUUGACUUGCUCAGUGAUAUGGUUCAGGAACAUGAUGAACCUAUUCUGAAGCACUUGAAAGAUAUUAAAGUGAAGUUCUCAGAUGCUGGCCAGCCCAUGAGUUUUGUCUUAGAAUUUCACUUUGAGCCCAAUGAAUAUUUUACAAAUGAAGUGCUGACAAAGACAUAUAGGAUGAGGUCAGAACCAGAUGAUUCUGAUCCCUUUUCUUUUGAUGGACCAGAAAUUAUGGGUUGUACGGGGUGCCAGAUAGAUUGGAAAAAAGGAAAGAAUGUCACUUUGAAAACCAUCAAGAAGAAGCAGAAACACAAGGGACGCGGGACAGUUCGUACUGUGACUAAAACAGUUUCCAAUGACUCUUUCUUUAAUUUUUUUGCCCCUCCUGAAGUUCCCGAGAGUGGAGAUCUGGAUGAUGAUGCUGAAGCUAUCCUUGCUGCAGACUUCGAAAUUGGUCACUUUUUACGUGAACGUAUAAUCCCAAGAUCAGUGUUAUACUUUACUGGAGAAGCUAUUGAAGAUGAUGAUGAUGAUUAUGAUGAAGAAGGUGAAGAAGCGGAUGAGGAAGGGGAAGAAGAAGGAGAUGAGGAAAAUGAUCCAGACUAUGACCCGAAGAAGGAUCAAAACCCAGCAGAGUGCAAGCAGCAGUGAAGCAGGAUGUAUGUGGCCUUGAGGAUAACCUGCACUGGUCUACUUUCUGCUUCCCUGGAAAGGAUGAAUUUACAUCAUUUGACAAGCCUAUUUUCAAGUUAUUUGUUGUUUGUUUGCUUGUUUUUGUUUUUGCAGCCUAAAAUAAAAAUUUCAAAUACAAUUUUAGUUCUUAUAAGAUAAUGUCUUAAUUUUGUACCAAUUCAGGUAGAAGCAGAGGCCUAGCUUGAAUUAAGGGUUAUACUCAGUUUUUACCACAUUAUUGAAGAAAGGGUACCAGCUUUGGAAAGAGAUGCUAUACUAAUAAGCAAGUAUAAAAAAAAGAAGAAAAUCUUAAAUGAUUUGAUGUUUUAAAAAAAAAUUCAUUUUCUUUGGGUUAGAGCUAUAGAGAAGGCCAAAAGCUUCUGUGGUUUCUUCUAAUUCUUAUUGCUUAAAAUAUGAGUAUGUCACUUACCCAUGGUUCUGCUUACUAUGUAUUAAAAUGGGUAGUACUGUUUACUUAACUACCUCAUGGAUGUGUUAAGGCAUAUUGAGUUAAAUCUCUUAAAAUGUUUCUCAAUCUCAUUAAAAGCUCAAAAUUUUGGGCCUAUUUGUAAUGCCAGUGUGACACUCAGCAUUUUGUUCACAUUACUCUUUGACAACUAAACUGGAAAACAAAGGUUAAGUACCUCUGUUCUCGAUCUGGGCAGGUAGCACUCUCUUGAUCUUUGUGUGGCUCCUAUUUUUAUAGAAGUGGUUGGAUGUACUAUUUCAUAAGGUCCAAGAAUUUUUUUUCAGAUAUUUUUGAUGACUGUAUUGUAGUAAAUACUACAGGGAUAGAACUGUAUAGUAUUGUAGUCGUGAGACUAAAGUGGAAAUAAGACUAUUUUUGACAAAAGAUGCCAUAAAAUUUCAGACUGUAGAGCCACAUUUACAAUACCUCAGGCUAAUUACUGUUAAUUUUGGAGUUGAAGUUUUUUUUGAUGACAGCAAGGGUGGACUAUUGGAUUGUCAUUAGAGGAAGUUCUAGAUUUCCUGCUCUUAAUAAAAUUACAUUGAAUUUGUUUUUAGAGGUAAUGAAAACUUCCUUUUUGAGAAGUUAAUGUAAAGGUCUUAGAAUGUGAACACAUUGUUUGUAGUGCUAUCCAUUCCUCUCCUGAGAUUUUAACUUACUACUGGAAAUCCUUAACCAAUAAUAAUAGCUUUUAUCUCUUUAUUUUAAAUGAUUUCCUUUGCUUUGAUUAGAGACUCUUGCUUUUUUUUUUUUUUUUUUGUAACCAUAGUUCAUCUAAACACAGCCUUUUCUGAACUUUAAAGAUAGAAUCCCAUUUUUAAUGAACUGAAGUAGCAAAAUCAUCUUUUUGAUUCUUUUAGGAAAUAGCUAUUGCCAAAGUGACGGUGUAGAUAAUACCUAGUCUUGUUAUGUAAUGGAGAUGUGGUUUGCAGAAGAAUUUUCUUUAUAAUAUUGAAGUUUCAGGGGAUGUCAGUGUUUAUGCCAUUUUUCCAGUUCCAAAAUGAUUCCAUUCCAUUCUAGAAAUUUGAAGUAUGUAACUUGAAAUCCUUAAUAAAAUUUGGAUUUAAUUUUAUAAAAUGUUCUGGUGAUAUUUUGGGUGUUUUUUUUUUCUAAAUGAAUAUGUAUACUUUUUUUGAAGAGAGGAGAGUAGCGAUGUCUAGAGUGAGCUAUUUUGUGCUGAGGCCACUAUGUUCUCUAAAUCUACAAUUUUAAGAGCAACCUUACUACCCCUGCUAAAUGGAGUUUGUUAUUUGAAGACUAAAAUGGAAUUCCAUAGUUCCCGAUAGAUUAUAUUCUGAGUUAUCUACAAACAUUUUUGAGACACUUGAAGAUUUGUCUUUACACUCUGAUUAUAGUUUCCACCAGCCCAUGCAGACUGCCAAGUAGGUUUCGUUUUUGCCUGUUAGAAAUGGUGAAAUAUAGUCACUUACAAAGAAAACUUUGAUUAGAAAAAAUUUUAGCACUGUUUGCUUUAUGGUCAUUCAAGAAUGGUAAGUGUUCCACAGAUUCCACAAAUUGAUGAAUUUAUAGUUUAACAUGGAUGUCUGAAAGCCACAUAAUUCCGUAGGAUUCUUACAUUAGUAAAUCUAGCUUACUGAAGCAGUAUUAGCAUCACUAUUUUAGAUUGCAAAAAUAACUUAAUUCUGUGGAAUUGGCUUAUGGAAUGGUACUAAAGAAAAAUGGGAUUCUACCUCAUUUUCUGUUUUAGCAUACUUAACAAACAAACAUGAAAGGAUAUAUUAGCUUUCAUAGAAAUAUUUUUGUUCUGUGAAUAGGUUAAUGAUAUGGUAAGGCUCCUAAGAUAGUGGAAUUAACUGUUUAUAUUAAUAUUACUGCUGUUUAUAAACAGUAUGAAUUUGUAGGUUUAUCUGAAUUGUAGGCCAUUCCAUUAUUAAAAAUAAAGACAAAACUUGUAGUAACUUUGUGAAAAUCUUAUCGUGCUAUGUAGAAAUAUUGAACUAAUGUUCAAAUAUUUGGAUGCUUUGGUUUCAGGGAUUGGUUUAAAAUUGGAGUCCUUUUUAUGGGUUAGUCUUACAAAAUUUAAGCCUUUAUAUUUUUGACUUUAAAUCAAAAAUGUUAUUUUAAAUGUACAGAAUAGAUUGAUAGUGCAGAAGACCAUGAGUUCUGCAUAGGAGCUUUAGAAAAAAAAUAUAUGCUAAUUCAGUUUUUUAAAAUCGUCAGCACUGUAUACACAUAAUUAUGAGCUUGGUUUUGUUUUUGAAAAUAUGUGUUCAUAAUUUAGGUAAUUUGCUACUUAAAGCACUAAGUCUCUGAUACCUGAAAAGUAAAUGUAAAUGGUGAUAGUGAAAUAAUACUGCAAUUAAGAGAUGUAUACUGGUGAUUUUUGUAUGCUAGAUUAAAACUCCAGAUAUUAAAAUAUAACCUGGAUAAAGAGCCAAGUUCUUGCCUGAUUAAGGAUCACUUACAUGACUACAGAAAUGGAAAUAUCCUUGUUGGUAUAUGAAAUUAUUUUACUUAAGGAUAAGUGUUUAUCCAUAAGAAAUUUUGAUUGAUGUGUUAUAUUUCCAAAAACACAGUAUGCUUUGUAUCUUGUGUUUCUUCCUUUUGACAUCAAACUAUCAGGUUUUCCAGUUUACAGAAAUUAUUCUCUAAAAUCCUUAGUAUAGACAGUCACUGACUUACAAUGGUUCGUGUUAAGAUUUCAGCUUUUAUGAAUUUACUGGGUUAUUAAACACAUCUUCUACUUA